CGGCUUGAGUCAGGCUGUCUGAGGCUGUAGAACUGGGAGCACGUUUCAUUCAAACAAAGAUACCAUACCCCCCCCAAAAAACACACACAACCACACUAUCAUCUCUACACAGCAAUUAAAACAAAUUUGCAGCAACCAUGACGGCCAACGGAACCAGCGAUUUAGUGCAAAUCCAAUUUGGUCUCAUCAACUGCAGCAACAAAUACCUAACUGCAGAAACAUUCGGGUUUAAAAUCAAUGCCUCCGCCACCAGCAUGAAGAAGAAGCAGAUCUGGACCCUGGAGCAAGAUGGGGAUGAAUCCAGCGGGGUCUACCUGAAAAGCCACCUGGGGAGGUACCUGGCCACCGACAAGGAUGGCAACAUCUCAGGUGACAGCGAGACCCCUGGUCCCGACUGCAAGUUCAUCAUUGUCGCCCAUGACGAUGGGCGCUGGUCUCUGCAGUCCGAGCCCCACAAGCGCUACUUUGGCGGCACCGAGGACAGGAUCAGCUGCUUUGCUCAGACCAUCUCGGUGGCCGAAAAAUGGUGCGUCCACAUUGCCAUGCACCCUCAGGUCAACAUCUUCAGCCUCACCAGAAAAAGAUACGCUCACCUGAGUUCCAAAAACGACCGGGAGGAGAUCGCCAUUGACCGGGACGUGCCGUGGGGCGUGGACUCCCUGAUCACCUUGGUCUUCCAGGAUCAAAGAUACAGCAUCCAGACCUCGGACAACCGCUUCCUGAAGAACGAUGGCACGCUGGUCGAGAGGCCGGACAAGAGCACCGGGUACACUCUAGAGUUCAGGUCCGGGAAGGUGGCAUUUAGAGACUCCGAAGGGAGGUACCUGGCGCCUUCGGGCCCCAGUGGGACCAUGAAGUCUGGCAAGAGUAACAAAGUUGGCAAAGACGAGCUCUUUGUCCUGGAGCAGAGUUACCCACAGGUGGUCCUUACAGCUGGAAACGAGAGGAACGUUUCCACCCGGCAAGGAAUGGACCUCUCUGCUAACCAGGAUGAGGAGGGAGACCAGGAGACCUUUCAGCUGGAAAUUAACAAAGACACCAAGAAGUGCGCUUUCAGGACCUGCACUGGGAAAUACUGGACCCUCACGGCCAACGGAGGAGUGCAGUGCACCGCCUCCACAAAGAAUGAUAACUGCUACUUCGACGUGGAGUGGCGUGAGAAGAAGAUCACUCUGAAAGCCGCCAAUGGGAAAUAUGUGGCCGCUAAAAAGAACGGGCAGCUUGCAGCCACCAUCGACCAGGCUGGAGAGACGGAGGAGUUUCUUAUGAAGCUCAUUAACAGGCCUAUCGUUGUCCUGCGAGGGGAGCACGGCUUCAUUGGCUGCAGAAAGGUGACCGGCACCCUGGACUCAAACCGCUCCUCCUACGAUGUUUUUCAGCUGGAAUUCCAGAAGGGGGCGUACAGUCUCAGAGACUCCACUGGCAAAUACUGGAUGGUUGGUAACGAAUCCUCUGUGAUCAGCAGCAGCGACAGUCCGGUGGACUUCCUCUUGGAGUUCUGCGACUACAACAAGAUGGCGAUCAAGGCGCCGAACGGCAAGUAUCUGAAGGGAGACCAUGCUGGCGUGCUGAAAGCCUCUGCCGACUCCAUCGACGGCUCCACCCUCUGGGAGUAUUAGAAGCACUUUAGAAACCACUGUGGCUUUUUUUGUUUUAUUAUUAUUAUUUUUUUUUACUUUUGCGCGCACGCACGCACGGUUUAAUUAUGUAAUGGUUGCAGACCUGCCAUGGAUUGUGAAACUUGCUUAGCCUUCAGAACUUUUACUAUCCUCCUCAUUGGCCUCAAUACUGUAUAAUGUCUCCCAGGGCUUGAGAGGAACAACCAGGGUUGCCAACUGGCCAGGUCUUUUAACUCGCCUCUCUGACCGCAAAUUAAUUGAUUUUAUUGAGCGUGUAACGUGAGUGUAAUUUGCGUGAGCUGUCGCUAAAGGAAUGUCAUUGUUUUGCUAACUAUUACUAAAAGCACACACCUGUCUGGGGGCGAGAAUUACUUCCUGUGAAAAUUGUUUCCAUCAAUCAGACUUAUACAGCUUGCUGAUUUGCUGCAUUUGUCUGAUUGGGGCGGGACUGUGCGAAGCAGAAAUAAGUAUUGCAUUAAUAGAAACUUCACCCCAAGGUUAAACGAGAAAGAGUGCAGGUGAGUGCAUAAUUUUCUAACAACGGAAUUGCACCAUAAAACAUUUCAAGCAAUAUGAUUUUAAUACAUGUUAUGAUGCUCUCCGGAUAGAAUUGCCACCGCAAUUAAACAAUUGAACACAUUUAUUGAAGCCACUCACGCAAUUUACACUCACGUUACAUGUUCAAUAAAAUCAAAAAAAAAAAAAAAAAAAAACCUGCCCAGUUGGCAACCCUGGGAACGAUCCUUUUAGAAAACCUCAAUUAAGACCCAUAUCUAGCCUGGGUCGCGUAGUUGUGUAUUUAUCGUCUUAGUGUCAUUUUUAUUCUUGCUGUGAGAAGGGUCUGGCGUUGUGGUUGGUAGGGUUCUUUUUGGUUUGGGUUUGAGAGUGCAGGAUUAGAUUUGUGAGUUUGGGCCAAAGUUAAAUUCCUAUCCUGCAUGUGUCUCCAAAUACUUUCACAAUGCAUGUUCACGGGGAAGACAGACUAUCGUAAUGCCCAGUCUCACCAAACACCUACAAAGCAGUGAAAAACAAAGAGGCAGAACCAUCUGCACAGACUAGCCUUUGUCUAAAUCAGCCAAAGCAAAACAACUGGAAAGGAGGAAAUGACAUUUAAUACAUUAACAAGCUGCCGUGGUAUAAACAAACGUUUUCUACAGAGAACUAUCCAAAGGUGUUGGGUUUCCCCAUUUCCCAUCCAGUAUUUCAAAAUUCAAAAAGGGCUUUUCUUUUGCUGUUUUUUCUAACCACGCUCGAGCAGCAUACAAUACAUACUGGAAAGUAUUUUAUGUUGUUGUAACAGAGGCCGAUUUUGUGUAUGUCUUGCCAAAUUGAGUCGGUCACACAAUUCAGUGGGGGGGAGAGGAGAGAAAUUGGAUGAUACAUGGGUUAAAUAAACAGGUGAUGUUGCUCAUACCUAUGUAUGUGUGUUGCUUAUGUGAAUGAUGUGAGUUUUGUCUAGGUGGAAUAUUUGCAUUUGUGUUGAUGUAUAUGUGUGUGCCAUAAGAUGUUGGGAUUCGGGAGUUCUUCUACAAGUUCUAAAAACAACCAACAAACUGGAAUUGCUUCAAAGCCCUGAGGUAGUAUAAUGCAAUGUGAUGAGAAAUUAUAAAUCAGGAAGAAAAAAAAAAUACAGUACUUGCCAAAUGCUACCAUUUUCUGUUUCUUCUCAUGCAAUGCCCAGCAAAAGCAUAUCGGAAAGAGCCAAAUUAUGAUUAUUAUUAUUUUUUUUUUUUUUUUUUUUUUUCAAAAAGUUAUUUCUUGUUUUCAAUUCUGUAGGUGUAAGCUUAAAAGUAAGCUCUUGGUUAAAGUUGACUUCAGUUGUUGCAGGUUCAACACGUUUCAAAAUGUAGAAAUAAAUAGUGGUUUUCCCCCUGCUGUGAAGGAUCCAUGGCAAGAUUGCUCUUUGGCUCCUGUGCUGUAACACAGAAACGUAUUUGUAAGGGAUGCACUCUACUUUUACAAGCUUUACUGGAAGAAAUUACCUGACCUAGUACUUUCAAAGGCACAGUGUUUUAACUUUUGGUCCUGGUUUUGUUAAUGCACCUAUACUGGAAGCAAUGCCAACGCUCAGAAAGCUUUUCUAGCGAAGCAGUGACCCUGUUUCAUUUCCCUGGUCAUCAGAUUCAAGUGUAGACCUUCUAUUUGAUGUUUGUUGUGCCAACAAAAUGCAUGUUAUACCGGUUUGGGGAACAAAUCCAUUCUGAUCAAAUCAAAGUGCACUGUUUGCUAAACACUUGGGUAGAAGAUAUACACAGUAGCUCUAUGUAAACAUUAAGACAUUCUUCUCCAUCUAAUAUAAUAGGCAGGAUGUGGCACUCAAAGCACGUUCUAAUGCUAGAUCUGCUUUAGACUUCUAGAAACUUAGAAUGUAAGGGGACCUUGUUCUGCAUGCAAUAUGCAAAAUAAAGAACGAUAACCUGAUUGACUAAACUGCUAUCUACGCUUUUCGAAUGGAUACAGGCCACCCCUCCUCCCAGGGCUCAAGCUUGGACCCAUUCCUGGAUUGAGGUUAAAUUCGGUUGAAAAGAAAGCAUAACCUGCUGAACAACUCGCCUGUUAAAAAAAAUAAAUAAAUAAAAAAACUGGAACAGUGCUUACCGGUGCUAAACCCUUACCUCU